AUGGCAACCGUGCGAAUCUCCUCCACUAGCAUGACCAGGGCGCUUCUUAGAAGCCAGCCCACCAACAAACUCAACGCCACCAAGAGCCAGCAUUUCUCGAUCGGAUCAGUCAAUAAAGUCUCGAGAUCCUUUGGCUUGAAAUGCUCGGCGAAUUCUGGUCCCACCAUGUCAGCGGUAUACAAAGUCAAGCUCAUAGGACCCGACGGUCAAGAAAACGAAUUCGAGGUCCCAGAUGACCAAUACAUUUUGGAUGCAGCAGAAGAGGCCGGAGUUGAGUUGCCUUAUUCUUGCAGAGCUGGUGCGUGUUCUACUUGUGCUGGUAAGAUCGAGAAAGGCGAAGUUGACCAGUCUGAUGGUUCCUUCCUUGAUGACCAGCAUUUGGAGAACAAUUAUGUCUUGACUUGUGUGGCUUACCCUCAAUCAGACUGUGUGAUCCAUACCCACAAGGAAACUGAACUCUUCUAA